CAGAUGUUGUGUUAGUCUAGUCAUCUGGGAUCUCUUCCAAUUCAUGUGGAAAGUUUGCUGUCAUAAGCUGUCAUUGGCAGUUUUGUUUAACAAGCAGUCUAAUUAGUUAACCCCAGCGUAGUUAUAAAGUGAUAUAAAAGGCAUUUGAAGUAUCCCUGAGAGCAGACACAUCCUUUGUUAGGGAUGAUGUCGUACCUGAAAGUAAUGAUCAUAUGGAACAUAAUUUGCGUAUCCCUGGUGAUCCUUUCACUGUCCCCGAUUCAAGAGGUGACUUCUCAAGAUUUAUGGAGCUGUACAGGGAGAUGUGGGGAAGGGUAUUCUAGAGAGCAUGUCUGCCACUGUGAUUAUAGCUGCCAACACUACAAGGAGUGCUGCCCUGACUUCAGCAAAGUCUGCAUGGGGGCAGUCUCCUGCAAAGGACGUUGCUUUGAAGUCUAUCAAAGAGGAAGAGAGUGCGACUGUGACAUAGAAUGUCAACGAUAUGGAAAAUGCUGCCCAGACUAUGAUGAACACUGCAAAGAAUUACACACAGAAAAGCCAGCACCCAAGACUCUUCCCCCAAACAAAUCGACAUCUAAAAGGUCAUCUACAGACGAGGAAAAGAAGCCAGAGGAAGUUAUUGGCAAUGUGACCAGUCCUCCUCCAACUACAAAACAGCCUGAUACAACAGCCCCAAUCAAAGCAACUACUACUAAACCAUAUACUCUAAAACCUACUUUACCACCGACCACAAGUAUUACUGCAAAACUGACAACCAAACAGACAACCACCACUCAGGAAGAUAACUUUGCAACAACACCAGCACCAACAAUAAAGACAGACAUUCCUACCACCCUGAAGGUUGAAGAGACAACCCCUCUGGAAACAGAAGCAACAACUAAAGCAGAUCCUUCAACCACCCAAAAAGCUGAGGAAACAACCCUGCAAGCCAAAGAGGCACCAACAACCAAAGUAGACCCAACAACCACUGCCAAAGCUGAAGAGACAAGCCCUGAAGCCACAGAUGGGCCAACAAAUGAGGCAGACACUUUCACAAGCCCCAGUGUGGAAGAGAUGACCCCUGAAGCCAGUGAGGCACCAACAACUCCCAAAGUCGAAGAGACAACCACUGAAGCCAGUGAGGCACCAACAACUGAAGCCAGUGAGGCAUCAGCAACCCCCAAAGCUGAGGAGACAACUCCUGAAGCCACAGAGGCACCAACAACUCCCAAAGCUGAAGAGACGACUGUCUCCACAGCAACCCCUGAAGCCAUGGAAGCAUUCACAACCCCUAAAGCUGAGGAGACAACCCCUGAAGCCACAGAGACACCAACAAUCCCCAAAACUGAAGAGAUGACCCCUGAAGCCACAGAAGCACUAACAACCCCCAAAGCUGAAGAGACAACUCCUGAAGCCAUGGAGGCCCCAACAACCCCCAAAGCUGAAGAAACAACUCCUGAAGCAACGGAGGCUCUGACAACCCCCAAAGCUGAGGAGACAACCCCCAAAGCUGAAGAGACAACUCCUGAAGGCACUGAGGCACCAACAACCCCCAAAGAUGAAGAGAUAACCCCUGAAGCCACGGAAGCACUAACAACCCCUAAAGCUGAGGAGACAACCCCUGAAGCCACAGAGAUACCAACAAUCCCCAAAACUGAAGAGACGACCCCUGAAGCCACAGAAGCACUGACAACCCCCAAAGCUGAAGAGACAACUCCUGAAGCCACAGAGGCACCAACAACCCCUAAGGCAGAGGAGACAACCCCUAAAACCACAGAGGCACCAACAACCCCUAAAGCAGAAGAGACAAGCCCUGAAGCCACAGAGGCACCAACAACUCCCAAAGCUGAAGAGACAACCCCUAAAGCCACAGAGGCACCAACAACUCCCAAAGCUGAGGAGACAACCCCUAAAGCUGAAGAGACGACCCCUAAAGGCACAGAAGGGCCAACAACCAAGGCUGAUUCUCCCACCACCUCCAAAGCCGAGGAGAAAAUUGAUAGAUCCACAAAGGUGCCAACAACCCUCAAUGAGAAAGAAACAACGCCAAAGGCCACAGAUGCUCCAAUAUCCCUGGCUGACUCUCCCACCAUUCCUGAAGUUGAACUAACUACAGCUCCAGCCACAAAUGUUAAACUAGGCACAACUUCUACAUACAGCAAACUAGUUAGUAUAACUGAUAAAAGUGACAGAACAACAGCUAAGCCUAUUACGACCCCUGAAACCACAGAGUCCACAACUAAAAAAGAAACAACUACAGAGAAAAAGGAAGUAACAACACCCAAGAAAGAGAAAACUACUGUGCUUAAAGACAUUUUGAAAGGUAAAAGAGACACAACUACUGUAAGUAUUCCAGAUACAACUCCUGGGCCCAAUGAAGCUGUUACUACAGUAGCUGAAUUAGAAGCAACUACUAUGUACCAAAAGUCUACAACAAAAGCUACAGAAGGAGAAGCAACCCCAGUUACACAAGACAAAACUCCCACACCAAUGGAGACUUCACCACCAACAGCUAAAAAAGAACAUGCUGCAGGAACCGUGACUGAAACAACAUCAGCAGCUACAAGCCUUAUACGCAAGCCCACUAUGCUACCAACAACUGCCAAAAUAGAUUCAACUUCUAAACCCAAGGAGAUUGUGACAACAACUAAAAGAGACACAACUAUGGAAACUACACAUGCUGUACCAGCAGCUGCUGAAUGCAUCAUUCCCACUAAAGAGACAACGGCUGGUAAAAAAGAGAUAACCACUCUCGCCAAGGAAACUAGCUACACUACUGAAAAAGAAACAGAAAAUGCCCCUGAAAAGCUCCCUAGUCUUGACAAGAAAGAAGAAACUACAGUGACCAGAGGGAGAACAACAAUAGAUAAAAAAGACACAAUAGAAGAAAUGUUUCUUGUUUCUAGAGGAACAUCCAAGCCAGCUAUACAUUUCCAGGAGAUUACUGACACACGUGAUGAGCCUCCUCCUGAAACCAUGCCAGUAGAAGAACCUGAGAUAAACAAGCCUUUAAUACAAACUGCAGACUUGCCAAUUUUAUCUGGAGGAGCAGAAAUGGGGAAGGCCAACGAGAAGGACCUGUGCAGCGGGAAGCCGGCGGAUGGCAUGGUUGCCCUGCCCAACGGAACCCUGGCUGUCUUCAGAGGUCACUACUACUGGCUGCUGAAUGGCAGGAGCCCGCCAACAACCAGUCCCCGUCGGAUCAGUGUGGGCUGGGGCAUCCCAUCCCCCAUCGAUGCUGUCUUCUCCAGGUGCAACUGUGAUGGCAAGACUUUCUUCAUCAAGGGUCCUCUAUAUUGGCGUUUCACUAAUGGUGUAAUGGAUAAAGGCUAUCCCAAACCUCUCACAAAUGGAUUUGCAGGGCUAAGCGGGAAAAUAAGAGCAGCCCUCCCAGUGGCAAGUUACAAUGGCAGACCAGAAUCUGUUUAUUUUAUCAAAAGAGAUGGCAACAUGCAACAGUAUGUAUAUAGGCAAGAACCAGCCAAGAAGUGCCAACGGAAAGCACGCAUUACCAUAAGAUACCCAACUUUUGUCCCAAGACUUGUAAUAAGGAGACGCUUUCAACGUGCAGUAGGAAUGCCAACAGUUAUUCAGACUGUCAGAAUCAAUCCAUAUCAAUCUGGAGUUUUGCGCAAGGAAAUCAAAGUGACUGCCUACUGGAGAGGGCUCCCCAAAGUAAUUCAUUCAACGAUAUCAGUACCCAACUACAAUAAGCCAGACGGCUAUGAUUAUUAUGCCUUCUCUUACAAUCGGUACUACAGUUUGGAUGUUGGCAAAAGAAUAGCAAGACCUGUUACCGCUCUCACAGGAAAGACUGUAUCCAAAGACUGGUAUAACUGUCCUGAAAAGUGA